AAAGCAUGUUUCAAUUUAGUAUUUUCUCGAGUUCAGUAGAUGUUGUGUCGGUAAUAAUCUCGAAAAUAAAAGUUUUUAAGAAAAGUAUUAAAUUUAAAAUGGCUUCUAAUAAAAAAAUUGCAUUGUUAAGUGUCUCUGAUAAAACUGGUUUAAUAGACUUUGGAAAAGAAUUGCAAUCUCUCAAUUUUCAAUUAGUUGCUAGUGGUGGAACUGCAACUACUUUACGAAAUGCUGGACUUAAGGUUAAAGAUGUAUCUGAAAUAACUGGAGCUCCAGAAAUGCUAGGAGGACGUGUUAAAACUCUUCAUCCAGCCGUCCAUGCUGGCAUUCUAUCAAGAUUGACAGAGAAUGAUUUACAGGAUAUGAUGGCACAAAACUAUGAUUUAAUUCAAAUUGUAGUAUGUAAUUUGUAUCCAUUUGUAAAAACAGUAAGCAAUCCAAAUGUUGCUAUAGCUGAUGCUGUUGAAAAUAUUGAUAUCGGAGGUGUAACACUAUUAAGGGCUGCAGCUAAAAAUCAUCAAAGGGUUACAGUAAUUUGUGAUACGAAAGAUUACAACAAUGUUAUCAAAGAAAUUCGCACAAAUAAUGAUACAACUUUAGAAACUAGACAAAGGUUAUCUUUAAAAGCAUUCACACAUACUGCGACUUAUGACGAUGCAAUUUCCGAUUAUUUUCGCAAGCAAUAUUCAAAUAAUGUCUCACAAUUAAAUUUACGAUAUGGUAUGAAUCCACACCAACAACCUGCUCAAUUCUUUACGACUUUAGAGAAAUUACCUUUAAUUGUUAUUAAUAAAGCUCCAAGUUUCAUUAAUCUUUGUGAUGCAUUGAAUGGUUGGCAACUGGUAAGAGAAUUAAAAAAUUCUUUAAAUUUACCGGCUGCUGCAAGCUUUAAGCAUGUUUCACCAGCUGGAGCGGCUGUUGGAACACCAUUAAGUAAAGAGCAAGCAAAACUUUGUAUGGUUGAUGAUUUAUUGCCAAAACUAAGCCCUUUAGCUACAGCUUAUGCAAGAGCUCGAGGUGCUGACAGGAUGUCUUCUUUUGGUGAUUUUAUAGCCUUAUCAGAUGUGUGUGAUGCUGUAACAGCAAAAAUUAUAAGUCGAGAGGUUUCUGAUGGGAUAAUUGCUCCAGGAUAUGAAAAAGAAGCUCUUGAAAUUUUAAUGAAAAAGAAAGCAGGACAGUUUUGUAUUCUGCAGAUGGAUUCUAAAUAUGAACCAAGCGAAAUUGAACGUAAAACAAUAUUUGGAUUAACUUUGGAACAACGACGAAAUUUUGCAGUCAUCGAUAAAAAUUUAUUUACAAAUAUUGUCACUGAAAAUAAAGAUUUGCCAUCAAAUGCUCUGCGAGAUUUAAUAGUUGCAACAAUUGCUCUUAAGUAUACUCAAAGUAAUUCGGUGUGUUAUGCAAGGGAUGGCCAAGUAAUUGGUAUUGGUGCCGGUCAGCAAUCUCGUAUACACUGCACAAGAUUAGCAGGAGAAAAAGCUGACAAUUGGUGGUUGAGGCAGCAUCCAAUUGUAACGGCAAUGCAUUUUAAAGCAGAAGUUAAACGUGCAGAAAGGUCAAAUGCUAUAGAUAAUUAUGUUAAUGGUACUGUGGGCAAAGACAUGCCUGUAUCGCAAUUUGAGUCAAUGUUUGAAACAGUACCAAAAUUAUUAACAAAUGAAGAAAAAGCGGAUUGGCUUAGUAAAUUAAAGGGUGUGUCAUUAAGUUCUGAUGCUUUUUUCCCAUUUAGAGAUAAUAUUGAUCGUGCAUAUUCUAGCGGAGUUUCUUAUAUUGCUAGUCCAUCUGGGUCAACAAAUGAUCAAGGCGUUAUAGAUGCUUGUAAUGAACAUAAAAUUGUUUUAGCGCAUACCACCUUAAGAUUGUUCCACCACUAAAUAGAGAUUUUCUUUUAUAGCAAAAGAGUUAUUUUAUUUUAGUUAUUUGUAAUGUAUAUCCACUUUUGUUGACAAUAAAUUAUAUUAUUGCCAUGUUAAAUAUACAAAAGAACUAUUCAUAAA